UAUCGAUUGCAGCCCUGACAUGUGUAACAACAAUGCGCGCGUAGCCGGCAAAUACAUUUUAAGAACUUUUAACUCCAAUUGUGUCUUGAUUGAGGAUUCAUUUGGUAGAAUAUACUAAUUGGUGUUGUUAGAAGACCGUAACAAUGUCCAGCGCGGCCAUAUUGAUGUGCAGACAGCUGCUGUUUAGCCGUUGCAUUCACGCCGGCCUCCUCAGCGUGGGCGUUCAGCUUGUGAUGCUGAUCACACUUUUAUUGUGCGUCAACUUUCAACUUUGGCAUCCGCUGGAUUGGGCGGCUGACUCUCUGCGACAGGUGUGCAGCUGCUAUCCAUGGCUCGCGAGCAUGCCGCUCAUUGUCGCCGUCGCCUUCUACGUGAUCACACUCUCCAAGCAGCGCCUCUCGGAGCGUCGCUAUUGCCCCACACGCUACCGCUGGCUGAUCCACCAUGGACCACGUAAGCUUCUGUUCCUCAUCGCCCAUGUGUUCGUCGGCUAUCUGACUGCCUGGCUAUAUACGACAUAUCUGCACACGGAUUAUCGUCACUUGGUGUACAAAUCCUUUGGACAGGACUGCCUGAAUAGCUACCAUGUGUUCUUGCUGGGCAUGGGCAUUACCAGCGGCUGUUAUUAUUUUGCCGCCAACUAUAUGCGUCAAGAGGUGGCCAUGGAGUUCCCCAUUAUUGAACAGAAGCGCAUCGAGAAUCUGCGCGGGGUGCUAUACGAAACCCUGCUAAAAUCUCCACUUAAAUCUUUGUGGGUCACGUUGGUCUAUUCGAUUGGCUUCUGGCUAUUUGGUGGUUUGGUGCGGCACAGACUGACUCAUCUGAUUGGUGUGGACGCAGACGAUCGCCUCCUGGGCAUCUUGGACGUGGCCAGCAAUGGACGACUGCUGUUCUAUGCCUGGCUGCUAACCACUCAAAUCGUGAGCAACAUGCAUCUCAUGCAGCGCUUUAAUCAUGUGCUCCUAUCCGAGCGGCUGCCGCUGGUCAUUGCCCGCAGCCGGAUGUCGGCCAAUGCCAGUGAACAGGAGCUAACCGUGGCUUCCGUGCUGGGGCUCUUCGAUAUGUAUGUGGCUCAGUGUUUGGCCGCCAGGUUUCUGUACGAGCAUGCGCUGUGCAACAAUUCGACAAUUCGCCUGGAAAUCUUUCAGCUUACGGAACCCGGCAAUCAUCCAGCCAAUUGGCGUGCGCUAUGCGACCAAUGUCUCAGCAUUGUAGCCACUUUUACUGAAGAGUUAAUCGAAUCCAUGCAACACAUCAGUUUGAUUAAGGGCAACGAAUCACAUCUGGCAACGACUGCAGCGUUCAUCGACAAAAAGGGUCCAUUGCGAACUGAAAAGCUGCUGAUCCGCCAAUACAAUCAGUUGCAUGGCAUUCGUCCGGCUAGCGCUGAGCCCACCCAGCAAUGGGAUGCCACGGACAGUGUACGCCACGUGCCCAAUCGGUGCGAACGCGCCUUUAUCAAGCUGGAGACAAUGUUUCUGGGGCUUUUGCCACGCCUACCAGGCAUCGUGUACCUCUUUGCCGAGUCGGAUGGGGCCAAGACGGUGUUUCUAGUGGACAAUGCGCUGCACGUGAUCUGGCUGACACAGGCGCUGGCACAUCUAUGCGUCGCAUCGAUAAAACAGGAUCGCUAUGGCGUUGUCCAGGAUGACUUGACGGCUAUCAUCAGGGCGCUGCACCGCCUCAAAUGCGAACUGGACAAGCUGCACAGCGCGUUGCCCAGUUUGCGACCGAGCCACAGCAGCAACUACAUUGUUCUGCGCGGCGCAAUCCGUCGCAGUCUUUACAACAUCUGCAUAUCGUUCCAUGACUAUCUGGGCGAAGUGAUUCCCAAUGGCGAGGAGCUGCGCCAGCUGCAGGCCUUUAUCUGUCACGGAUAGCAACUCACCCAACUCAUCAUCAUCGACUAAGCACAUAUGUUAAGCAUCCUUCUUUAGUUGUUCUUUCGUUUUGGUAACAAUACAAAUUAAUAAAUACAAUUACAUCAUGUACAAA